UGAUUUUUAGAAAAACCUCAGUCACGUAUCACAGAUUCACAGAAUAAUAAUAACAGUGCCGUGGCAACUGGCAUUAUAUUUUACGCAAAACUGAGGAAGUAUUUAGUAUUAUAACUAUAAUUACCUACUAAUAUAUAUAUAUGAUAUUGCCAAUAUAUUUUGGUUUAUAACUAUCCAUCGUAGGUACACUGAUAGAUCGACUACCUAUUAAAAAAGGAGUUGUGCCGACUACCGGUUGCAUGUUAUGCACCACGAAAAGAUGAACGAAUUGCAAUGCGUAUUAGCUAUUAAUAACUACGGGAAGAUUUACACACUGUCUGCGUUUGACGAUCAAUGGAAACCUUUCCCUCAUGUCGGCAUGGAUUUGAAACACAUUUCUGCUAUCGAGAAUUACAUGUGGUCGAUCGGGGGCGACAACCAGACGUAUCUGUUGGUGCACAAUCUGGAUGGAGCGAUACGGAUCAAGGAAGAAGUAUAUGAAAACGAGCGAUGGAUGCCCGGCGGGAGUUUUUCAAAAAGACUUUUGCCCACAGACAGGUAUUGCUGGUCGUCGGAAAACGGCAAAGAAGAAAAGUUUAAAGAGAAUAUAAAGUUGCCCUCCUUCGUCUGGCAGUGGGAACAUGAGUGGAAGCUGGAUACUAAGUUUGAGGAAAAUGAUUUAGACAGCAACGGAUGGACAUAUGCGGUCGAUUUUUUUGCUAAGUUUUAUCCAAUCAAACGCUGGAAUUCAUGCGUCAGGAGGAGAAAAUGGUACAGAAAUCGAAUAUACACGGGCAUGAAUUCUUGGUGUAUAAUUUCUCCUCUGCACAAAGAUUUUACUCAGGAACCAUUCAUCUGCGUUAGCAUUGGAGGGCAUAAGAUACCCGGAGCUCAACUUGGUGUCAUUAUGGUAUGGGCUGUGACAGCGCAAGGAAGGAUUUUCUACCGUAAAAACGUAAAUAAAACGUGGCCCGAAGGCUGUUUGUGGGUCUGUGUUCCAACAAAAGAGGGCAGUGAAUCCAGAUACAUUGAUUGUGGUCCGUUGGGUUCUGUUUGGGUAGUUUUAUGGAGUGGUGUCAUACUUGUCAGAAAAGAAGUCAGUGCUGAAACUCCACAAGGUAAAACAUGGAUUAUUGUUGAAUCUCCGGAAGAAGAUUCUAAAAUAACUCAAUUAUCAGUCGGAUUUCAGUCAGUGUGGGCAAUUACUAAUGAUUCUAGAGUAUGGUUUAGACAAGGAAUUGAUCAAAAUCUCAGUGAAGGAACUUGUUGGGUGAAAUUAAACACUUUUAUGUUUUCUGUCUCCGUAACCCCAAACGACCAAGUAUUUUCAGUGGGUUUAGAUAGACAUUUAUAUUUUAGGAGUGAUAUAUCUAAAAAUUAUCCUACUGGGAAAAAGUGGAUUCAUAUACAGGCAUCCAUUGAAAUUGAACAACCUAAAGAACAAGAGACAAAACUGGAAGGAAUAGAACCAUGGAUAUCAUCAUCAUUUACUGAGCCUUCACAUUCUGCCCCAACACGUCUUGUUGGAAAUGAUUCAAAAAAUAAUUUAAACUUGAAUGCAAAGGAAAUCAAUCCUUCUCAACGCAGAGUGUCUGCUUGGAGUCCUAAACUUAGCAUUGGGUCUUUAAUUGGUAUGGAAGCUAAACCGGAUUCAUUUAUGGAAAUUCAAAGUAAUAUUUUAAUUCAAAAACCAAAAACAUUUUGGAGUUCUGUAGUGGGAGGUUCAAUUGAACCAGAUAUUUGUUUUAUAUCACAAUGGUUUAAUUCUCCAAAUGAUAGAGAAAAUAUUUUUAAAAGUAAAUGGAGGAGAGAAAUAUUGGACAAAUUAAUCGUAUUAAGAUUAAAAGAAAAAGAAUUUCAACAAAUCACCUCUUUUGCUUUAUAAUUGUGGUCAUAAAA